GCGGAGCAGCCCCCAGCGGCGCCCCCCUCACAGCCGCUGGCCCCAAGUGCCUACACCCAACGCUAUGUGUUGUCCGAGGACCGCAGGGAAGACCGAGGGGCAGAUACACCAGCCCACAGCAAGGGGGGCUCCAGCAGCCCGGAGCCCUGGGCCCGGCCCUCCUGCCAUCCCCAGGAAAGGGGCUGCCCACCACCCAAGGAGCGUGAGUCCUCGCCCCCUCCAGCCCUGCAGACCGUCCAGCUGCCCCGUCUGGCCUUGUCUCCACCGCCCCCAGCCCCUCCAGCCCCCCAGCCACCGCCACAGGUUCAAGUGGCACCCUCGCCCGCCAGCCCCUCACCCCCUCUCCUGCCUCUGCCUGUGCCCUCGGCCCCAGACCCCUCCCUGGACUUCCUGCGGGCGCAGCAGGAGACUGCCAACGCCAUCAGGGAGCUGGCUGGCACCCUGCGGCAGGGACUGACCAAACUGAGCGAGGCCCUCAGCGCCCUGCUGCCCCUGCUGCCUGGAAGCCCAGUUGACCCACUGCCCCCACCUCCACCCCCACCCCCCAGGCCUGUCCUGCCUCCACCUACCCCCAAGGUGGAGAUCACCCCAGAGCCCGUGUCUGUGGUGGCUGCUGUCGUGGACCGGGCCAAGGUGGCAGCCAGGGGGGUGAUCAUCGCCCGCAGAAACGAGGAAGGGACGCCCCGGCCACCCCCAACCCCUCCUCCGCCCCAUGACUCCCCCCCACACAAGAGGAGGAAAGGUUUUCCUACACGGAAGAGGCGAGGGCGAUGGAAAUCUCCGUGAAAUCGACCACUGGAUUCAAGCUUGUCUACACUUUCUGCCUGCACCACCGCUCCCAGCUUAGCCCAGCGGAGGAGGGCCAUGCACCCUCCCCAUGCCAGCUGCACCCUGGCUUCCUGCUGCAGGGGCGUGAGCACCCCACUUCCUGUACUAGUUAGUGCCUGAUUCGCGGGGGCCCUCGUUGAUGGGCCCCCCAGCCCUUUCUCCAGUACAGCGCUGUCUGCCUGGCUGCUUUCCUUAACCCUGACUUCUAAGCCAUCAAUUUUAUGUUAUUUCUUACUGCCCUUGGUGGGCUGCAGAGGGAACCUCACGCGCCCUUCCCUAAUCACUCCUGGUCUUGACUUGAAGAGAACUGAUCUGUCGGGAGGCCUCCCCGCUUCCCAGUCCAGACUUUGGAGGGAGAGGGGGCUGCGAGACAAAUCAGAACGUGGAUGACAAUGAGGGGACAGCAGUCUGUAUUCUGGGGAGAGGGGGGGCAAGUUCUCAAGGGGAGGUACAGGUUGGGUCCUCUGCCUCCCAGUGCAGUCUGACCUCCAGAACUCAGCCCCCUCCUUUCUCCUCAGUGGUGACAAGAUAUCAAUAAACUUAUUUUUCAUACAAUCACUCGAGGCUCUGGCUGAGACAGGCCUGGGAUUUCAGUCCCUACACCUGCCCCACCCUCCCGUGAGCAGGCGACACACCCUUGAAGUUAGAGGCUGGAGCCUUCUUUUGUUAAAACCAUCAAGGCCAGUGUUCACACCUUAUUCCUACUUACUCAUCCACCUUUCAGAUGCCACCGCAAUGUCAUCACCAGGAAAGCAUCCUGGAUGCCCUCCCCGCCUAGGAUGGGCCUGCCCCCAAGUGAAGACGUGUUAAACA